AUGGAAGAAGCGGUUAAAAUGCACAAGCACCUGAAGGGCAUCCCGAUCACCAGCUACCAGAAUGCAGUCCCCAAGAUCCUCAUCGGUGUGGACAAUUUGCGGCUGGCACUGCCCCUAAAAGUACGGGAAGGUGAUGGUUUAGCUCCAGUGGCGGUAAAAACGAGACUGGGUUGGUGCGUUUAUGGUCCUCGAGGGAGCAGUGGUCAAGAAUCCCACAGCUUCCACAUCUGCGAAUGCUCCUGUGACACAGGACUCCAUGAAGCGGUGAAAGACUUCUUUGCCGUUGAAGGAACUGGGACACGAGCGGCAGAGAUCCCGCGGACGGAAGAAGAAGAACGUGCGUUAAUUAUCAUGGAAGCCACAACGAGGAGAGUAGGAGAACGUUUUGAAACAGGACUGAUCUGGAAGGAAGACCACGUAGAAUUUCCAAAUAGCUAUUCUAUGGCACUGAGCCGGCUCGAAUGCUUGGAACGCCGGAUGGACCGUUACCCUGAGCUCAAGGAAAAUCUCCACCGGCAAAUAAGCGAGUAUGAAACAAAGGGCUACGCGCACAAGGCCACACCCUCAGAACUGAAUGCUGCGGAUCCGAGAAGAUUGUGGUAUCUCCCAAUCGGAGCUGUGACGAAUCCUAAGAAACCGGGCAAAGUUCGUGUCGUAUGGGACGCGGCGGCCAAAGUUGACGGUGUUUCACUGAACAGCGUUCUUCUCAAAGGCCCGGAUCAGCUCUCCUCACUGCCAGCAAUUCUGUUUCGGUUCCGGCUGUACGCGGUAGCAGUCACUUCAGACAUCCAGGAAAUGUUUCACCAAAUCCGAAUCCGUGAAGAGGAUAAGAGCUCACAGCGCUUCCUGUGGCGUGUUAAUCCAGCGGAGAAGCCUGUCAUCUAUUUGAUGGACGUGGCCACAUUCGGCAGCACCUGUUCACCAGCAUCGGCCCAAUUCGUGAAAAAUCGAAACGCGGAACAACACCGCGAACUGUACCCCGAAGCGGCGAAAGCAAUCGUAGACGACCAUUACGUCGAUGACUAUUUGGCAAGCUUCAGUUCAGCAGAGGAGGCAGCAAAGGUUGCAUGUGAUGUACGGCAAGUGCACGGCAACGGAGGGUUCAAAUUGCACAACUGGAGAUCGAACAGCAGCAUAGUCCUGGAACGUUUGGGUGGGGUUCAAGCCGAAGCAGACAAGCAGCUAGACCUAUUCGACGGCGGGAAGACGGAGCGCGUUCUUGGAAUGCUUUGGAGUCCAUCAACUGAUGAGCUGAGCUUUUCAACCCAAAUGAGCGAAGAGGUUCAAGACCUGAUCCAAACAGACACGCACCCAACGAAAAGGCAAGUUUUACGAUGCGUCAUGACCUUGUUUGACCCUUUGGGGUUAUUAUCUCCUUUCAUCAUACACGGCAAGGUUCUCAUUCAAGACCUAUGGAGAGAAGGAACUGCGUGGGACGAACGAGUCAGCAAUGGUGUCUACACAAAGUGGCGGCGGUGGAUUCAAAUGAUUGAGCAUAUCUCCAAGGUACGAAUUCCACGGUGUUACUUUUCUCAAGCGAAUGAGCGGACCUACCACAAUUCCGAGCUCCAUGUAUUUGUGGACGCUAGUGAAGUCGCAUAUUGCUGUGCGAUCUACCUACGCGCGGUCAACGAUAGUGGUCAUCCGCAAAGCUGCCUGAUUGCCGCAAAAUCGAAAGUCGCUCCAUUGAAGCCGUGGUCGAUUCCGCGACUGGAACUGCAAGGUUGUGUGCUGGGAGUGCGUUGGUCGAAGUUCGUCCGAGAAAAACACGAUAUUCCUAUCUCCAAAGCAGUGUUUUGGACGGACUCCCGAACUGCCCUAGCCUGGAUAAAGGCUGAUCCAAGAAACUAUCGUCAGUUUGUUUCUUUUAGAGUUGGCGAGAUUCUGGAACACACGACGGCAAGCGAGUGGCGAUGGGUGCCAUCGAAGAUGAACCCCGCAGAUGAAGCGACCAAAUGGGGCAGCGGACCGUACUUCGAUCCCAACAGCAAGUGGUUUCAAGGACCUGAUUUUUUGCAUCUGUCGGAAGCUGAUUGGCCUCGACCCACAGAGCCGGUGUGGGCUACUUGCGAAGAAAUACGUGCCUCGGUUCUACAUCACUGUUCCUUUGAGCCGGCUAUAGAUUUCGAUCGUUAUUCUUCAUGGGUUCGGCUACAGCGAACAAUUGCAUUCGCUCUUCGAUUUCUGCACAACGCGGCCAAGAAGCAACCGAGAUACAGUGGGCCGCUAGAACAAGCAGAACUUCAAGCAGCAGAAAGAACUAUUUUCAAGCUGGUACAACACGAGUCUUUCCCAGAUGAGGUUGCUGCAUUAUCGAACAAAGCCCCGAACGAGUCCGGUCAAGAGAUAAUCGGAAAACACAGUACCAUAUACCGCUUGAUGCCCAUGCUGGACAACAACGGCUUGCUUCGUGAGCGUGGCCGAAUCGGUGCGGUUGAUACCAUUAGCUAUCACGUGCGGCAUCCCAUUAUCCUCCCGAGUAAGCAUCAAGUAACGGAGCUCCUGGUGCAGCGCUACCAUCGACGUUACAAUCACGGAAAUGCAGAAACCGUGGUCAAUGAGAUCCGUCAACUGUACAGCAUCCCGAGACUUCGUUCGAUGGUAAAAAGUAUAGAUAGUAGAGUAAACAUAGAUCCGCGUGAGAUAAAUCCAUUGUAUCCAAACGAACUGUCAAAAUCUGUAUCCAAACGAGCAUGACGUCACGAUUUGGACAACAUCAAUGGAGCGCAUGACGUCAUAUUCAAUCUUCGCACUCUUGAAAAUUACUACUUACACGCUUGAAACAUUUUAGUCAGCGGUGUCCGCGGAUCUAUGUUUACUCUACUAUCUAUAGUAAAAAGGGUGAGUCGCGAGUGCGUUUCCUGUAAGAUCCGCCGAGCAAGACCGGCGAUCCCACCAAUGGCUCCGCUACCCCCAGCGCGGCUGGCACACCACGAACGAGCUUUUACGUACACUGGGGUAGACUACUUCGGACCACUGCUGGUGAAGCUGGGAAGGUCCAACGUCAAACGGUGGGUUGCGUUAUUCACUUGUUUAACGGUGCGAGCUGUCCACCUCGAAAUUGCCUACACGUUGUCCACUGAGUCCUGUAUAUCCUGUGUACGCCGCUUCGUAGCUCGUCGAGGGCCGCCCGCUGAAUUUAUCAGCGACAAUGGAACAAACUUUCAAGGUGCUGAACGAGUGUUGCGGUAUCAAAUAGGCCAGGGACUGUCCGCAACGUUUACUGGAAUCGAUACAAAGUGGAGCUUCAUCCCACCUGGAGCGCCCCACAUGGGAGGCGCCUGGGAGCGCCUAGUGCAAUCUGUAAAAUUGGCAAUGAAUGAAGCGUAUACUGAAGGAAAGCUCGACGACGAGGGGCUGCAGACGCUGGUCGUGGAGGCAGAGAGGGUUGUGAACUCAAGGCCAUUGACGUAUUUACCGCUUGAAUCCGAAGAAGCAGAGGCACUCACACCGAACCACUUUCUACUGCUGAGCUCAAACGGAGUGAAGUUGGCAAGCGAAGACACCGCAGGAACACCAUGCAGCGAACUACAUCGUCGUGAAAUCCUGGGGAAGUCAUAUGAGUUGAUCCAACGUCAGCUGGAGGCCUUCUGGAAACGCUGGUUAACCGAAUACCUGCCGGUAAUCCGUCGACAAGCGAAAUGGUUCGACGAAGUUCCGGCCUUGCAACCAGGGGACCUAGUAAUGGUUGUAGAGCCAACAAAGCGUUAUGGAUGGGAAAGAGGACGAGUGGUUCGUACGAUAACUAAUCCGGAUGGCCGGAACCGACGUGCUAUCGUAAAGAUUGGUGAGAAGCAUCUGAUAAGGCCGGUGUCACGGUUGGCACUGCUUGACCUGAAUCAGUUUCGUGAGACUCCGGAAGAUUCCGGACCACACCGAGGGGAGACUGUCAACGCAGAAGUGGCCAAGCUGGCAACCCUGCCACCUAUCACUCCUGACGCGUUGCGUUUUAAAGUCGAGGCGUCGCGGCAAGACGUGUGACCGCUGUCAACCAGAGUUGACAACUUGUCAAAAGGUGUUUCCGGUCACUUGGAUAUAGUUCGGCAAAUAUCGGUCACGAGAAAGGUUAAAGUUUGUGAGUUAACUAAUAAUAAUUUAGACGACAAAAGUGAAAUUUCAAUUAAACUAGUGAAUUCGAAGUUGUUAUAAAUCGUGGACAAUUAAAAGGUUUGUGAAUAAACCUAGUUGGAUAUAAUUCUUUAUUGAGUUAUUGAGCGAAUUGUCCAGGUCGUAUUCCGUUUUCCAAAUCCGUGUCAGCAUCCAGUCUAGUGAUCUACCUGAAAAUAGAAAAAAAGUAAGAAAUAUUAAUAAGUGAUUAUAUGAUACUUACCAGCUUUAAACUAUUUAGGCCACUCACCGCGUGGUGCUCAGAACCUAGAAUAGGGUGAGCAAUCUGUAAAUACCCACCGAAUUGUAAGUGACAUGAUACAGUUGGAUUUAAACAUUGUACUUACCUUAAAUUUCAAUAUUACAGUUGAAGCACAUUCGUUUAAUAUAAACAUCGCUCUCAAAACCGGUUUCGUAUUAAUUACUCACCCUACCACCCACAACAAUAUCGGUGCAAAAUGCUCACAUCACAUUAGAUCUCAUAAAAAUGUUGAUCACGAAAAAGCUGCUUUAUUUAAUAAUUUUCAAUUUGAGAGUGUCGAUGUUUAGGUAAAGUUCCUACAGAGAGUGAUAAUUCUUUGUGAAAAGUCACACAAUACCUCUUUUUGCAAAUUUUGUUCGCCAAAGUGCGUUUUUCCUUAUUUUCUCCCGCUGCUGUAUUGAGUGAAUGUUGGUAUUAGUGUGCUCUGGUUGCGCAUGAUAAGCGGCAACAAAAUCAGAUCACCGUAGCAUCCCCGUGGUUU